ACACACACACACACACCCCCAUCCAUCCAUCCAUGUAUGUCUGAAUGUCACUCGCGUCGGUCGCAAUCAGACGCAAAAGCAGCCCAUCCAUCCAUCCACCCUCCCGCCUCGCUGCCUCCAUCCAUCCAUCCAUCCUGGUUAGAUACUGCACUCCAGGCAGAUAGAGAUGGUCUGGUCCCUCGAUUCGAUGGGUGGAUGCGAUGGAUGCAUCCCAUCCAGACAUGCACACAGGACAUACAUGUCCAUCUGCCUGCCUGCCUGCCUGUGCAUACAAAUCAAAGUGGUAGUAUCGCUCGUUCGCCACAUGGAUGGAUGGAUGCAGUCUGUGUGUCUGUGUGUCUGUCUGUCUAUUUCAUGCGUGCGAAGACCGACUGCCUGGGCCGGUCGCUCGGCAGAAAUGAGGGGCCGCGAACGGACAGCUGCUCACGCAAAUCGCCUACACAGACACACACAGAAACAGAAACAGACACACGGAGGGAUACCCUACGCAUCGAUCUCCGUCCAUCUGAUCUGUGUGCGUGUUGUGUGUGUGUGUGUGUGUGUGUGUGUUAUGGACCUCCUCUGGGUCCCAGGUCUUCAUCGUCUUUGUUGUGUCGGCUGCCCGGCUGCGCACUCUGGUCAACCACCGCAACCUGACGGACGGACGGACGGACGGACGGACGGAUGCACCCACCCACCCACAUGAUCGGUGGAAUGGAUGGGUGUGGGUGAUGGGUGAGGGCAUGUGUAGUCAGUGUACCUACCUUGAUUUCGCUGGUGAUGACCCCCCGUCUGCCCCUGGCCUUGAAUGUGGUCUUGUUCAGCCUCGAGGCCGCCUCCUCGGCAUCGCCCUUGCGCAGGAAACCCACCAUCGCCGUCACGAUCGGACCGCUGUCAAGCUGACACCACACACACACACACACACACGCGCACGCGCGCAAGAGAGAGAGAGAGAGAGAUGGGAUGUGUAUCCCAUCACGCACGCAGCCAUGUGUGUGUGUGUGGUGUGUUUCCUUCCAUGCGCAUCGCAUCGCAUUCCGGCCUACCUUGACAAACACCACUUCCCCGACUUUGGCAAAGGCGUCAAUGACCAUGUCCUUGGUCGUCUCCUUGGGCAGGUUCCGCACAAACACGUGGCUCGUCGCCUCGAUACCCCGCCCGCCGCCACCAGCACUCUCGAAGUACAGAUCGUGGUCCCACUUGUCGCUGCUGCUGCCGCCGACACCCACACCGAUAUCGAGGUCCAUGCCGCCACUUCUGUCUCGAUCUCGGUCUCGCUCACGAGGGCUGCUGAAGACGGCUCGCGGGGCGGAGUAUGGCCCGAUGACCCUGCGAGCACGCGCAGGGCGCACCGGUCCGCUCAUGAAGACCUCCCUGGUCUUGCGGCCGCCGCCACUGCCCUCGGUGUCCAUCCGGUCAAACACGUUGCCGCCAGCAUUCAGCGCACGCACCUGUGACAGACAGACAGACACCCAUCCAAUCCCAUCCCAUCAUGGCAAACCAUGGGCACAUGCAGGUCUGCGUGGUGUGCAUGCCUAUGCCUGCAGGCCUCGUGGUACCUGAGAAGAGACGCCUCCAGUGGCCUUUGGCUGCUGUCUCACCGCUCCGACAGCAGCGCCGAACAAGCCGCCCUCCUUGGUGCGCCGACCACGGUCACCGGCGCCAGAAGGAGCCAUCUCGACGUCAUCGCCGUUCGCUGUGCCGUUCCGCGCGUCUGCCAUCGCGCGAGAGCCUCUUUGUCUGCUGUGUGGGUGUGGAGGUUGGGAGGAGUGGUGUGUCUCGAUCCGCAGGAGUGGGGUGGGAUAUAUCAGGCCUUCUCUGGUCAGGCCGACUGCAUGCCACAGCAGGCAAUGCCACACACA